GAGUGACAGCAGCAGGCGAGGCCUCCGGAGAAACGGGUCAGGAUGGAGCGACGAGGCCGAUUGCCGAAGUCGUCCCCCAACCAAGCGCAUCACUCCCCGGUGGCGCCCAAGAGAGACAGGAGGCCUAGCAUGUUCGAGAAGGAGUCAUAUGCACAGAUCUUAAAAGAGAGACUGAGGGAGUCAUUCCAUGAUGUUCAGUAUGUGGAGCCUCCAUUUGACGACUCAAUUGCUGACAUAGGCAAAGAGUGGAAGAGCACCUUGACAAAGCUAAAGUUUGCCAAUUCAUACAGAAUGGAGCCACUGAAGAAAUUCCAGGCACAUUCAGUAGAAACUAAAAUCCAGCAGAUGUUGAAGGAAAGUCUUAAAGAUGUCAAAUAUGAUGAUAAAGCCUUCUCUCAUUUGUCACUUGAGUUGGCAGAUAAAGCAUUGUCAGCAGUCAAGGAAUUUGGGUACUAUCGUUAUAAAUUCAUUAUAAAAGUAUUAUUUAUUCAAAAGACUGGCCAAGCAAUAAAUAUUGCAAGCAGAUGGAUCUGGGACGUGGCGUGGGACAGCUGGGUACAAGCUAAACAUGAAACAGAGUCUUAUGUGGCACUGAUUUUGGUAUUUGCUCUCUAUUGUGAAUAGCUCAGAACCAGAACCCUUUCCCCCAAUCUCAAAAUAAAUGAUACAUACAGGUUUGUGAGCCUCCUGUGCUAUCUUAACAACUGACAGACAAAAGCCAGUUCUGGUUAUUAGCAGUGUGUUUCCUCAGGGUACUAGAAAAGGUAGGUAUGAAUUCUUAGAGAUUC